ACAGUUACAUUUGGCAGGCAGGCACGCCGGAGCGCUCAGACCCCGGAAUUAGUGGAUCUAUUUGGAAUAUCCCCACUCUCCUGGAGACGUGCUGCUGCCGCUGGCGUGUGCAAGGGGAGAAAUUAACAACUGCACUUUAGGGUGCAGGCACAGAAGCCGGAGAAGCUCCGUGAGCAGCAUCUCCUCCAGCAUCAGCAGCCUCGGAGAGCAUGAAAAGAAAACCUGGAGAAUCCUGCGUGUUCACAGGGACUGGCUAAUGUGUUUUUACCUCGCCCUUCCAAUCCGUGCGUGAAGUGGCUGUCAGCAAGCGGUUCCCUUGGUCCUUGAGAGAGAUUCUUUAAUGACUGAAAAACUCAAUGGGUCAUGUUUUUAUAAUCUAAGCUAUUUUUACGUUGACUGUGCUGUAAACACAUGGAGGAGCUGUAAGUAAAUGUUCUGUUCUGCAUGAUGAAUUGGAUUGCUACAGUCUGGAGGAGAGCAAAAUAAUAAUUUCAUUUCUGUGGUGAUUUGCGUAGCUUGUGGUACAAUGCCAGAAAGACUAAUGGAAAUGCUUAUGGAUACAUGGACUCCAUUAAUAAUAUUAUGGAUUACUGUCCUUCCUUCCAUUUAUAUGGCUCCAAUGAAUCAGUCUCAAGUAAUACCAAGUGGAUCCAGUACAGGACUAAAAAGGCUAAAUGAAGAACAAAGAGUUUUGAACCGUUCCAAGAGAGGCUGGGUUUGGAAUCAAAUGUUUGUAUUAGAAGAAUUUUCUGGACCUGAACCAAUACUAGUUGGCCGGCUGCACACAGACCUGGAUCCUGGCAGCAGCAAAAUCAAGUAUAUUCUGUCAGGAGAUGGAGCUGGAACAAUCUUUGUGAUCAAUGACAAGACUGGAGACAUUCAUGCAAUGAAAAGGCUUGACCGUGAGGAAAAAGCUGAAUAUACUCUAACAGCUCAAGCAGUCGACAGGGACACAAACCAACCUCUCGAGCCUCCCUCAGAAUUCAUUAUUAAGGUUCAAGACAUCAAUGACAAUGCCCCAGAGUUUGUUGAUGGUCCGUAUCAUGCCACGGUUCCAGAAAUGUCUGUUGUAGGCACCUUUGUUACUAAAGUAACAGCUACAGAUGCAGAUGAUCCAGUUUAUGGAAAUAGUGCCAAGCUGGUUUAUAGCAUUCUGGAAGGACAACCUUACUUUUCUAUUGAGCCACAUACAGCUAUAAUUAAAACAGCUCUACCCAACAUGGACAGAGAAGCCAAAGAAGAAUACUUUGUAGUCAUCCAAGCAAAGGACAUGGGAGGACAUAUGGGUGGACUGUCUGGAACUACAACAGUGACAAUUACACUCACUGAUGUCAAUGACAAUCCUCCAAAGUUUGCACAGAGUCUGUAUCACUUCUCAGUAAUGGAAGAUGUUGCUGUUGGUGAACCAGUAGGAAGGGUGAAAGCAAAUGACCUGGAUAUUGGAGACAAUGCUAAAUCAUCCUAUGAUAUUAUUGAAGGAGAUGGAAUGGAUAUAUUUGAAAUUACUACAGAUGCCCAAACUCAGGACGGCAUUAUUAGAGUGAGAAAGCCACUGGACUUCGAGACCAAAAAAUCCUAUACUCUGAAGGUAGAAGCAACCAACAUUCAUAUUGAUCCUCGCUUCAUCAGUGGAGGACCAUUCAAGGAUACAGCAACAGUAAAGAUUGUAGUAGAGGAUGCUGAUGAGCCACCAGUCUUUUCAUCACCUACUUACCUACUGGAAGUGCAUGAAAAUGCUGCUAUUAACUCUGUGAUUGGUCAGGUGACUGCCCAUGACCCUGACGUAUCCUCCAGUCCUAUAAGGUUUUCCAUUGAUCGACAUACUGACCUUGAGAGGCAGUUCAACAUUAAUGCAGAAGAUGGAAAAAUAACUCUGGCAACACCACUGGACAGAGAAACAAAUACAUGGCACAACAUAACUAUUGUUGCUACUGAAACUA